AGUAAGUUUAACUUUUAAAAUUGUUUAUCGUUGCCAAGAUAGAAACUGGAAAUUCAAUUGUUAACAAAGAAAAAGGUCCACUUAAUUGUGCGGCAAUGAAUAUCGUUCAGAGUGAGGAUAUAAACAGAGCUGAACAAUAUGCAUGGAACAAAAAGGAACUGGAUGAAUUCCGGGAGAUGGUGCUAAAGGAAAAAAAAUUGAACUCGAGAACAGACGAUAUGUUUCUGUUAAGUUUUCUGAGGUCGAGGAAAUACGAUAAAAAUAAUGCUUUGAAAUUACUCAAGAAUUAUUAUUCAGUUAGAAGAAGCGUAAAUGAAUUAAAAAAUCUUCGACCGUCGGCAAUAGAACAUGUUUUACAAUCGAACGUCAUGGCUCAUUUGUACGUUGAAGGUGGUAUGGGAUUAGGAUUCGGUAGAGCAAGCCACUGGGAUCCAUCAAAAAUAUCUGCGAUAGAUUUAGGAAGAGGCAUAUUGAUGCAUAUCGAUUUCAAUUUAAAUGAUCAUCGCCUACAAGUGAAUGGGGUACACAUAAUUGUGGAUAUUAAAACGUUAUCAUGGAAGCAUGUAAUCUGCUUUACUCCGAGAGUAGUGAAACUUCUUAUAACAUGUUUUUAUAAAUCCAUGCCUGUAUCAUAUCAUAGCCUGCAUUUUACUAAUGUCAAUAGCUACCUCUUCACUAUUAUAGCACUGAUAUUUCCAUUUGCACCAAGAAAAAUAAAACAGAGAAUACAUUUCCAUGGAUCUAAUUUGGAAGAGCUUUACAAAGUAAUUGAUCCGAAGUAUCUCCCAGCGGAAUUCGGAGGAAAAUUAACCUCAUUCGAUUGGUCUGAAUCUAAUCAGCUAAUAAGAAAUAACGAAGAAUUCUUUGUAGAGAAUGAGAAAUACUGGAAUAAUGAAUGAAAAUAUUCAGUUUUGCAAGAAAGUGUCUAGGAAAGUUAUGACUAGAAAAGAACCUUUUUCAUUACAUAUCAACUGGAUAAAAUCAUCUCUUACAGAUGUAAUUAUGAUAAAAUUUAUUUUUAUAACAUUUUAAUAAAUUAAGGCGUUCUUUACUCAUUCAAUAUAAGCUUAUAAUCAGUUAUUCUCUAUUAAUUAGUAAUAAAUAUCUAUUAGCCCGCUGGCCUUAUUGUUACGAUAACAGAUUCAUCACACAUCUUCCCGAUUAAUGCAUGAUUUCCCGGAAAGCAUUUCGGCUUAUUCAACAACUAUGUACAGCCAAGUUACAUAUUUAUA